AUGGUGUUGCACAUCUUCAAGGCAGAACGGGGCGCCUUUGAGCGGGCACUUGAAAUUUAAGCGUGUCGCAUGGACCCGUCUCGGGCUUAGACUUUCUUUUGCAUCCCAGCGCGUUUCAUGACACUCGCUUAUUCCGGCAGUACCUAAAAUAGUUAUCCACUUCUAUAAUUGAACCACAGCCCUUUGGACUGAGCUCCUUGUGCAUUUUGAACUCCGCCUAACGCUCUUUAGCGAGUCACCUCCCGAAAAAUGGCCGCGAACACCGAGCAGCUGACCGAGGAGCAGAUCGCUGAGUUCAAGGAGGCCUUCGCCCUCUUCGAUAAGGACGGCGAUGGCACGAUUACCACCAAGGAGCUGGGGACGGUCAUGCGCUCGCUGGGCCAGAACCCCACCGAGGCUGAGCUGCAAGACAUGAUCAGCGAGGUGGACGCCGACGGCAACGGCACCAUUGAUUUCCCUGAGUUCCUGAUGCUCAUGGCCCGCAAGAUGAAGGAGACUGACCACGAGGAUGAGCUGCGGGAAGCCUUCAAGGUGUUCGAUAAGGAUGGCAACGGCUUCAUCUCGGCCGCUGAGCUUCGGCACGUGAUGACCAACCUGGGCGAGAAGCUGUCCGAGGAGGAGGUCGAUGAGAUGAUCCGGGAGGCCGACGUGGACGGUGAUGGCCAGGUCAACUACGAGGAGUUCGUGCGCAUGAUGACGUCUGGCGCCACUGACGACAAGGACAAGAAGGGCCACAAGUAAAGCAUUUCACUGUCUGAAGCAGCACGGACCUGGGCGGAAGUUGGACGCCGUCGUUGUAAUUGUUGGCUGGACGGUGCGGGCGUUGCCGGAUGAGGGGGCAUUUGGCCCACGGGCUAACGGGGUGAAGGGUUCAGACGCAAAUAGCUUCUUGGCCCCUGCAGGAAGCAUUUUAGACUUAGCGGCCAGUAGAAGGCUCGUUGCUCCGGACGAGGCACAGAGGUUCAUGGGGAUGGAUGCGGGGGCAGCAUGAGACUGAUGACGCGGUUACAUGGGGUGGCUUGCCAGCCGGACUAAUUGAAUCGCGGUAUAUAUGGCACGUCGGAUAGCUGCUGCUUUGCAAGGUACAGAGUCUAUGACUGCAUACGAUGUGCUCAUAGCAGCGCCAGGAACGGCGCUGCACACGUGUAACUCUUUCUGUAC